CUCAGUGUUCCAGCUGUUUUGCAGUUUCCUGGAAGUUCAAUCCAGAUUUGUGGCGCAUAGAAGCUGAAUGCUGUCCUACAGUAUAGAACUGAUCAAUUCGCCUCUGCUUGUAGCCUGGCGUAGCCAGAACCACCGCUAUCUACGGGAGUGCUGCUGAAUCGGACUGUUUAGACGGAAACUUUGUCCACCUGUUGAACAGGUGCACGUGCAGUAACCUACAGCUGGCUCGGCGUGCGCGCGUGCUUCCCUGUGAGCAUCGAGGGUUGAGCCACUGAACGUGUCGGCGGCGCAGCGCUAAGCCGGCGGACCCGCAAGGGUUAAACGGCUCUCUGGUGCGCGGGGCGGCGGGGUUGGAGGAUGGUUGCGGCACCUAGCUCGCCAUACACCUGCGCACCAAAACCGCUCAAGUUCCUCCAGAACCGCUGCUGCCUGCCACCGCAGCACAGCAGACAAUGUCGGAGCGGAGCGGGAUGAGCGGACUGGACCUCGCUCUGACUCACUCCCGCUGAGCCCGAGAGGAAGCUGGAGAGGUGGGGAUAGGGUAGGUGGGUGUGUUUCUGCUCGCGUGGAAGCCGCCUUCAUGGACGGACAGCGGAUCUUGGCCGAGAUGGAGAAUCCGACGGAGAACCCAAGCAAGGCGGCGGAGUACCUACAGGAGCUGAAUAACAUCAUCGAGACCCAGCAGGGUCUGCUGGAGAAGCAGAGGAUCCGGAUCGAGGAGCUGGAGCUCCAGGUUACAGAUCUGUGCAAGGAAAACGCCUGUCUGAAGGAUCAGCACCGGAGGCACCUGGCCACCUGCGGACUCGCUCAGGGGAACCACUGCUCGCUGGGGGGCAUCGAGGAGAACAUCGUGCAGGAAAACUGCUCAUUUCUGCCUUUCGCGCACUGUGAGGGAUUAUUCCAGCCGAUGGAAGCUGGAGCCAUGGAUUGCGUAAUGGGCGCAGAGCACAGCGUUAAACGACGACACGCCUCGUUGCCUUCACGGGUCUUUGAGAUCCACCAGAACGUCUUUGACCCCCUGUGUAGAACAAGUUACCCCUGCCUGAAAUGGAAGUCUGCAUCCUUUGGGCCAGACUCGGAGGACCCCUCUGCCAUGUCUCACAGACGCCACCGCCACUCUGUGGAAGGUGACGCCCCUGGCAGUGAUGUGAGUGUAUCUGUGGAUCCCUGCGUCAUCUAUGGUUGCAAGCCGGUGACCCACGGCGGCAGACCUGGCCUGGACUACCUGGACAGCCAGCUCUACGGACACAUCUUUCUGCCGAGUCACGUGCGACCCCGCCGCCCCAAGCUCCAGCACUCCCAGUCCAUCCUCCGCAAGCAUGUAGAGGAAGAGGCCAUCAAGCGCUCCCGCUCAAUGUCAGAGAGCUAUGAGCUCUCGUCGGAUCUUCAGGACAAACAGGUGGAAAUGCUAGAACGCAAAUAUGGCGGACGUUUCAUAACCCGGCAUGCCGCACGUACCAUCCAAACAGCCUUCCGCCAGUACCAAAUGAAUAAGAACUUUGAGCGUCUCCGAAGUUCUAUGUCUGAAAACCGUAUGUCCAGACGGAUUGUUCUGUCCAACAUGAGAAUGCAGCUUUCCUUUGAAGGACCUGAAAAAGUCCACAGCUCCUACUUCGAGGGAAAGCAUGUCUCUUUAUCUGAUGAAGGCGCCAAAAUCGGUGGGCUGGUGCAGUCGGAACACGGCAGGGAGAGAGGUGUACAAAUGAAGAUACCAAGCACACAGAGUGACCUCACAUAUGCCGUCACAGAACUGGAAGAUGCCUUCUCCAGGCAGGUCAAAUCUCUGGCCGAGUCCAUUGAUGACGCGCUGAACUGUCGCAGCCUACACGGGGAAGACAGCACUUCAGAGCAAGGAAGGGGCCACCCGGAUAUGGACAGAGAGCUCAGCCGCCAGUUGGAAUCCUCCCACAGCGCUUCAGAUCACCGCAAGCUAGACGAGAUGACUGCAUCUUAUAGUGAUGUGACCCUUUACAUUGAUGAAGAAGAACUAUCGCCCCCCUUGCCUCUCUCUCAGUCUGUAGAUCGGCCCUCCUGCACAGAGUCAGACCUGCGCCAGCGUUCCCUGAACUCCUCUCACGACUACUGGUCGCUUGCUCACAAAGAUGAAAAGGGGGACACGGAUACCAGCUGUCGCAGCACGCCUUCCUUAGAAUGCCAGGAGCAGCGUCUGCGAGUGGACCACCUACCCCUACUGACUAUAGAGCCCCCCAGCGACAGCUCGGUGGAACUGAGCGACCGGUCUGACCGCAGCUCCUUAAAGAGACAGAGUGCAUAUGACAGGAGCCCCAGUAACCAACAGAGCAGCCCCAAACACAUAGGCCACAGCCUGCCACCUCGGGGACCUUCCCGGGAGGAAGACCCUUCCCGUCACUGUGCCCGGCAGCUGGAAGCCCACCUGGCUAUCAACGGUGCACCCAACCGCCAGAGCAAAUCAGAGUCUGAUUUCUCCGAUGGGGACAACGACAGCAUCAACAGCACAUCCAACUCCAACGACACCAUUAACUGCAGCUCUGAGUCCUCAUCCAGAGACAGCCUGAGGGAGCAGACGCUCAGCAAACAGACGUACCACAAGGAGACUCGGAAUAGCUGGGACUCACCAGCGUUCAGUAAUGACAUCAUUCGCAAGAGACACUACCGCAUUGGCCUAAAUCUCUUCAACAAGAAGCCAGAAAAGGGGAUCCAGUAUCUGAUUGAACGAAGCUACGUCCCGGACACUCCGGUGGGUGUUGCCCACUUCCUCCUGCAGAGGAAAGGCUUGAGUCGGCAGAUGAUUGGCGAAUUCCUUGGCAACCGACAGAAACAAUUCAACCGAGAUGUUCUUGAUUGUGUGGUGGAUGAAAUGGACUUUUCAGGCCUGGAGUUGGAUGAAGGGCUCCGGAAAUUCCAGGCACACAUCAGAGUUCAGGGAGAAGCUCAGAAGGUCGAGCGGCUGAUCGAGGCGUACAGCCAGCGCUAUUGCAUUUGCAACCCCGGUGUGGUGAGACAGUUCAGGAAUCCGGACACCAUCUUCAUCCUCGCGUUCGCCAUCAUCCUCCUCAACACCGACAUGUACAGCCCCAAUGUGAAGCCUGAGAGGAAGAUGAAACUGGAAGACUUUGUUAAAAACCUCAGAGGUGUUGACGACGGGGAGGACAUUCCCCGAGAGAUGCUGGUGGGGAUAUAUGAGCGGAUUCGAAAGCGAGAGCUCAGGACUAAUGAAGAUCAUGUGUCCCAGGUUCAGAAAGUGGAAAAACUGAUUGUUGGCAAAAAACCGAUCGGGUCUUUACACCAAGGUCUUGGCUGUGUGCUGUCACUACCCCACCGAAGGCUGGUGUGUUACUGCAGGUUGUUUGAAGUACCUGAUCCCAACAAGCUACAGAAGCUGGGCCUGCACCAGAGGGAGAUCUUCCUCUUUAAUGACUUGCUUGUGGUUACCAAAAUAUUUCAAAAGAAAAAGAACUCCGUGACAUACAGUUUUCGUCAGUCCUUCUCGCUCUACAGCAUGCAAGUUCUGCUAUUUGAGAAUCAGUAUUAUCCCAACGGACUGCGCCUGACCUCGGCCAUUCCCGGCGCGGACAUCAAGGUCCUCAUCAAUUUCAAUGCUCCCAAUCCUCAGGACCGCAAGAAGUUUACCGAUGAUUUGCGAGAAUCUAUUGCUGAAGUCCAAGAGAUGGAGAAGUAUCGGAUAGAAUCUGAGCUGGAGAAGCAGAAGGGUUUGGUGAGGCCCAGCAUGUCCCAGUGCUCUGGGUUAAAGAAGGAAAGUGGGAACGGAAACCUGAGCCGAGCCAGCCUGGACGACAGUUAUGCCAUCGGCGAGGGCCUAAAGAGGAGCGCGCUCAGCAGCUCCCUGCGGGAUCUCUCAGAUGCAGGAAAGCGCGGGAGACGCAGCAGUGCAGGAUCACUAGACAGCAACCUGGAAGGCUCCAUCAUUAGCAGUCCUCACAUGCGGCGGAGAACCCCUUCGGGUCGAGACUGUGCGUCCCGUCACAGCGGACACUCCCUGCCCAGCUCCUCCUCCCUGCUCGGGUCUCUGUUUGGCACCAGGCGGGUGAAGUCGCCCGGCCUCUGCCCCGGCACCGUCCCUCAGAGCCCUCACCCCACCUUCGUCUCCCACGCCCCACAUCCGGCUAACCUGCACCCCGCGGCCCGAGCGGAGUCGGACUCGUCCGUUCCCGUCCAUCCUCACCCCGUCCUGUUCUGCCACGUGACCCAGAAUCCCCCGCCUUACCACCACCACCAUCACUACCACCCACCGCCCCAUCUGCAGCACGUGCCACACCAGUGCCACGCGCCUCCGUCUCAUAGCCAGCAGCCGCCAUACCCACAGCACAGCCACGGCAGCCACUCUGCCCACCUCCACGGCCCGCCGCCGACGCCAACGCCAACGUCUCAGGUUCCCAGCAGCAGCACCAAGCCCAAACACAGCGGCAUCAGCACAGUGGUGUGAAUUGAAAGUACAUCCCUGCUCCCCCUGACCUCCACAUAAUCACACAGCUGCUGCUGUUUGCCUCUGAUGGGACUGAAUUAUCACGAGAACCAGGAACGUCACACGGUCUUCGUGCUCCUGACCUUUACUUCCAUUCUCCGUCUCUCGCGGCCGAGCGUGGAAGUCGAAGGGAAGGCGCUCGGUUUGGAAGUAGACAAAUUCCCUGUUAAUGUAAAACGAGUCCUGUGACAAUUAUUGAGAACAUAAUAAAAUG